AUGGGGACCAAAAAUGACACAGCUGUGCGGGUGUCUGAGUUUAUCAUUACAGGCUUUGAUCAUCUUUCUCAUCAGAAACUACUUGGCUCCUUAAUUCUUAUUUCUUAUGUUCUCACACUGGUUGGUUGUGGCACAAAUGUGAGUAUAAUAGUUGCAGACAGGCGUUUGCACUCACCAAUGUAUGUAUUAAUUUGCAAUUUAGCCAUUGUGGACAUAACGUUUAGCACCAGCUCUUGCAUAACAAUGAUAGCUGUGCUUCUUGCAGAAAUGAAAAGCAUUUCCUUCUAUUCAUGUUUCACUGGUAUGUACUGCUACCAUCUUGGUGAUAUUACUUCUAUUCUGACAUUAACAUGGAUGGCUGUGGAUCGAAUGCUUGCGAUUAGCUUGCCACUGAGGUACAUCACUAUUCUCACAAACAGACGGUGUAUCAUGAGCAUUGUGGCUACCUGGAUAAUAGGAAUAUUAUCAUUGAGUCAAAUUUCAGAAGCAGCAUACAACGUUCCAUACUGCCAGCCCAUAAUACAAUAUGUGUUUUGUGACUAUGCUGCAAUGAUAAGAGCUGGAUGUGUGAACCCUGGGCCUUAUUUUUCAAUCCCAAGUCUCGUGGGCUGGUGGCUGUGGCUUCUGGGCGGACAUUUUACUCUAAUCUUCUUGACAUAUGUUGUUAUUGUCUGGACUGUUCUAAGACUCUCAGACAAGGGAAGCAAGAAGAAGAUGUUUACUACUUGUAUUUCACAUAUCAUUGUGGUUUCUGUUUACUACGCACCUAAACUGGUAUCUGUGCUGCUCACUAGAGUUGGUGUGACACUCAACCUGACUGAGAGGAAUGCUCUGCUUAUCGUGGCCUCAACGCUGCCACCUCUCAUCAACCCUAUAAUUUACUGUCUAACAACAAAAGAACUGAGAGCACACCUGAUAAACCUCUUCACUAAAAACCGUGUUGAAAUCAAGUGACUGAGUGAAAGCAAAAAGACAGUAGCUUAUUCUCUCACAAUGUUUUCAGUUAUCUGAAACAGUACUUUAGAAUUUAAAUGCUGUUUAAAA